AUUUGCCUGUGCUGUACUCUUUAACAACCCCACCAUGCACCAGCACUCCCCUCCCAAGAAAGUAAAAAAGAAAUGGGGUCUUGAGAGUGACAAAAAAGAAAAAAAGUCGUUGAAUGAAACUUGCUUUAGGCAUUUAUCAUCUGUAUCUCUCAAAGUAUACUAUUUCCAACCACAUAUGACAUAUUAGACAAUCAAUUCGAUAUCGAUAAUUUCAGUCUCAGGUUUUGGUUUUGUAAUUUUUCCAUGUAAUGAUAUUCAUAGUAUUGGAGAUGAUGAGAUAAUCCACUUUUGGCCUUUCAAGCCCUUUCUUAUGACCAUUUUCAAAGAAGUUUCAUUUGUAAGUUCUGUUGUCAUACUUGGAUACAUAUUAAGAUGAAAUCUUUGAGUAGAGUGGGGCUUGGUUUGAGUGUUGUUUUUGGGUGUUUAUUACUGGCUCUUAUUGCUGAACUUUACUAUUUGUUAUGGUGGAAAAAGAAGAUCACAGAAAGUGGUAACGACGAAGAAGAUAGUUGCCACAGUGGUACGGGAAGAGAGUUGUUGUGUUGCAAAAAGGCGUCAUCGAGUUCUAAUGCUCAACAACUGUGUACCUCUAAUGCUCUAGUCCAUGAACCACAACCUCAUCAUCACCUUCAUGUCUAUUCAAAUCUCAAGCCAUUCGGAGAAGAUUUAUCCGGCGUGGAGGCUGAAAUCAGGAUGCUGCAGCAGAAUUUCUCCGGCCCGCCAAGAUUUCUCUUCACAAUAACCGAAGAAACGAGGGAGGAAAUGGAGUCCGAAGAUGAUAGGAAGAGCGCGAAGAAAUCGAGAAGUAGGAGUUUGAGUGAUUUAGUUGAGAUUGUUGAAACUCCAUUCUUAACUCCUUCAGCUCAUUCGCCUCCAUAUUUCACUCCUCCUUUGACUCCUACACAUAAUCUAAAGCAGGGUUUUAAUCCAUUCUGUGAAUUAGCAAGUGAUGCAGCAUUUAAUAGUGGUUUAAGGUCGUCUUCUUCACCACCUCCAAAGUUCCAGUUCUUGAAGAAUGCUGAGUACAAGCUUCAGAGGAAACAACUAAAUACGAAAGAUGAAUCUGUUCAACUUGAAGUCCCUUCAACUUCAAUGUUCAUAAAAGAUGAGGAAAAUGGGUCAUUCAUCACACUCAUUGUAGCUCAAAAUAAACAAGAAGAAGAGACUAAAGGAGUUAACAAUUCAAGCACUAGUUCACAGGUUUUUUCUCUACCUUCUUCCUCUCUAAACUUCAAAAUACCAUCCGACAAGCGACCGAUGCAUCAGAAACUCGAUCGCAAUUGAAACAGUGGGAGAUUAUGAAGCUUAAGUUGUUUUUUUAUACAAGUGAUUGCGAGUCACAGGAGUAGAGAUGUAAAACAGGUCUAGACUGCCGCGGUCUAGUUGUUCGGCCUACUAGUAUGUAAAAUGACAAUGGUUCAGGUUAGAAAGUUUUAAAAACAUAAAACAGUCUUGAGUACAUCUUGAUAUUGUAAAGGGUGAGUUAAGCUUUUUAUUUUUCCAGCUUGGUAAUCGUUUCAUAACAUUAUUUUUGGUUGUCAAUGAAAGAUGUGUAUCAUUAUUUAUUUUUCUCUUU